CACGCCCUUGGUUGCGCGUCAUACCUAUAUUUGUAUAAUGCUCAAGUAGUGACACCAAUACUGAUACUGAUACCAAUACUGAUAGUGAUAUAGUGCAUACCGAUACUGAUAGUGACACCAAUACUGACCGCCGUAGUAUGGGUUUAGCCACGAGUAGCGUAUACGAACUAGUAGUUGCCGCCAGCUAGUGAAGGAAAGACCGAAGAGCAAGGAAUCGUGUUUACAAUUUGUGUUUACAAAUCGUGUAUACAAUUGUAGUGACAUCCAAUAUAACAUUAUGGCCAGGUUCAAUGGAUACUCCUCUGCAACGAUCAGGAGCGUCUUCAGGAGAAAGGCCUACGAAAUGGAACUUGCGGCUUCUCCUGGUGAGCUUGACGAGAAUGUGCUGACUAGGCGUGCUUCCAGCAGGGUCGAGAGGGAUCUGACACAAAUUUGUAUCAUCAUCUUGGUCCGCGGCACGAAGGCCAUUAACAACACGAGGACGAUGAAAGACGGUUCUAGGGUUAUAGAACUGGCCAGGCUCUACAACAUUGAAGCUGGUAAGACUGACGACACAGGAUCAGAGACCCUGACUUUCGGUAGAAUUGCGGCAGCCCACCCCGACAUCAUGGGGAUGACGCUACUAAACCUGUUGCGCACAUCACCUGAUGCCUACCAAUAUCUGGAGAGGACCAUGCACCUGCCUCUCACACUGCAGUUUCCGAGUGCCAUUUCGAUAAUCCCUCUAGAGUGGAGGGACUAUCGAGUAGAGCACCUUGUGUGGUCAGUGAAAUUCAGCCAAACCAUCGCUGGAGUUGCGACAGCCAAGAAACUCAAGGAGACGCGAGACAUGGCCACUAAAUUCUGGAGACUGGCUGCAAAGGCCACGGAUUUCACAGAAGAGGCUAAGCACGAAAUAAUGCAGAAACUGAAUGUUGCUGCACCCUCAGUGCGCUAUGCUUUCGAUCUUGUUGAAGACGAAAGUUGUUGAAAAGCGGUAUGGCCUCCAUGGAAGCAACUGUUAUGCAGCUGCAGCAAUCUGGAGCCAUAAUAGCAACCAUCUUAGGUGCGCCCCGAUUCACAGCCGCCAUGCCACCUGCCAGACCCUUCUAGAGAGUUUGUCAUCGCGGUUUAUGGCUUGGUGUUUUCCUGCAGGGAUGUACAUGUACAUAGUUUUUUAUUGGCGAUGUAGCCAACCAUUUACUCAUGAAACUUUGUUUAUUUGAUGUUAUGGCCAAUUCCACCGUUACGGACGUUACGUUUACAUGCAACUUGCAACUUUCAAUAGAUAAACAAACUAACUUGCAGUUGAAAGAACAGUUUAUUUUCUCUUAUACUUGUAGUAUGCACUCUGGUGUUUAACAUAGUACAACAACUUUGUUUUAGCUUAAUUGAUUAAUUAGCUACAAUCAUAAGAAACGAGCGUUACGGAUGUUACGCAUUGUGACAUGACUUUUUUACAUUUGGUACAUAUUAGUAAAACUCUGUGAAGUUACUUCCUUUAGUUUGUUUUAAUAACUAUGUUGAUGUAGGUUUGUCCCCAUUCUAUAUAAACAUGAAUAGCAAGUUUGAAAUUAACACUCCUGUAUUGUCUAAUUACUGUAAUUAAAGUUGUUACGGACGUUACAUGUAUGAAAAUAUAAUGAAAAAUAACUGUAAAGAGCUAUAUCCACGCUCUAUGUAUGCAUAAGCUCAAACAACAAAUAUGAUUAUAAGAAGUGUAUUUAUAGUUCUAUCUUCUCAUGCCCACAUUCCUAAAUCAUAGGUGUAUCUUGCAUGGUUAGGCCUAUAGCUAACAGACCAGUUUACUAAUUAAUGUAUUGAUAUUCAUGGAUGUUUCUGGCCCAAACGCCUAGUGAUGAGCUAUUUCGUUCACCUACUUGUUUCAAGUAUGUUUCUAUUGUUUAAUUUGUUUUGCGUACAUUAGUUGUUCCUACGUCAGGCAAGCUUCAGGUAAACCUCAGGCAAGCAUUGGGGUUGUCAUGGGUAACCUUCGUGAAGGAAGUAUGCAUAAAAAUUGAAUACAUUAGUAAAGUGGUCUAUUCUAAACUACAGAUCUAUACAAAACAAUGAGUGUAGUAAAUGAAAUGAAAAACAGUUCUAGCAAGUCAUGUUUAAUUGUGCUCCAUAGCAACUACAUAAUACAUUAUGCUCAAGCUUUAUGGAACGCCACUUCAGCCUUCUUUAUAUCUAUAUUAAACAGAAGCCUGCUCCCCAUCAUCACAAUUUUGGGUGAAUCCAAUUUAGCGAUUAAAUCUUCUUUGGGGUGAAUGAAGACUUGUUCUUCUCCUGUAGGCCAAGUGUAAAGAUGGUUUUGCUUGAUCAUGUAAGACACCAUAUUGUUCGUCAUGCUUGGAGACAACCUGCGAAAUGUAAAGGCAUAAGCACACUUUGUUGAGCCUUCUCAGCAAGUUAGAGGAAAUCACAUUUAUAUAGUACAUUUGCAGUUGAUUUUAAAAUAAGGUUGUUUUGUUUGUUUGAUGUUUA